CUGGUGAAGCUGUCGUGGCGGCGGUGACGCCUGUCGGAGCUGGCCGAACCAACGGGUCCUGAGUCUCGGAGGCUCGGUGGGGCGUCCCGGCGGCCGGGAGCACGGUUCUUACAGCCCUGAGACCCUCCAUUUAGCCUGAGCAGGACUGUGUUCCGUCGACGGGCAGGAGGAGGUGGGCGCCAUGGUGACAGAGCAGGAGGUGGAGGCCAUCGGGCGGACGCUGGUGGACCCCAAGCAGCCCCUGCAGACCCGCUUCCGGGCGCUGUUCACGCUGCGUGGGCUCGGCGGCCUGGGUGCCAUCUCCUGGAUCAGCCAGGCCUUCAGCGACGAUUCCGCCCUGCUCAAGCAUGAGCUGGCAUACUGCCUGGGCCAGAUGCAGGACGCCCGCGCCAUCCCCGUGCUGGUGGACGUGCUGCGUGACACCCGCCAGGAGCCCAUGGUGCGCCACGAGGCAGGGGAGGCCCUAGGAGCCAUUGGGAACCCGGAAGUCCUGGAGCUGCUGAAGGAAUAUUCCACGGACCCUGUGGUUGAGGUGGCUGAGACCUGCCAGCUGGCCGUGCAGCGGCUCGAGUGGCUGCAGCAGCACCGCGGGGAGCCCGUGACAGGGCCCUACCUCUCAGUAGACCCAGCGCCGCCGGCGGAGGAGCGCGACGUGGGGCGUCUGCGAGCCGUGCUAUUGGACGAGUCCCAGCCGCUGUUCGAGCGCUACCGGGCCAUGUUCGCGCUGCGCGACGCUGGGGGCCAGGAGGCCGCGCUGGCGCUGGCUGAAGGCCUGCGCUGUGGCAGCGCCCUCUUCCGCCACGAGGUGGGCUACGUCCUGGGCCAGCUGCAGCACGAGGCGGCCGUGCCCCAGCUGGCGGCCGCCCUGGCCCGCCCCGCCGAGAGCCCCAUGGUGCGGCACGAGUGCGCCGAGGCCCUGGGCGCCAUCGCCCGGCCCGCCUGCCUGGCGGCGCUGCGGGCCCACGCGGCCGACCCCGAGCGCGUGGUGCGCGAGAGCUGCGAGGUGGCGCUGGACAUGUACGAGCACGAGAACGCGGCGGCCUUCCAGUACGCCGACGGGCUGGAGCAGCUGCGCCGCGCCGCCUGCUAGACCCGCCCCGCCCCGCCCGGCGGCCUGGCUGGGCUCCCCAGGACCCUGCAGGGCCGCCUCUCCCCGCAGCACUCGGCGUCUAAACUGGGUUCGUGUAACUCAGGUCUGGUUUCUCGACUCCCCCUGGGUGCACUUGAC